AUGUCAGGGAGUCCUGCAGACAGCCGUGUCGCUGACCCAGAUCCCAGAGCUACAGUAGAGAGGAGACAGGGAGGGGAAAGCCAGGAAGGCAGGUGCAGGCCCGCCAGAGGCCUGCGAGCGCUCAGGUGUCCUGCAGGUGAGGUCCGGGGGACACAGGGUCAUCUUCCCAGCGCCUCUCAGCUUUCCACCAGGGGGUGCUUCCUGGGUGGUUGCCUCUUUGAUGAGCCGUACAGCACAUGUGGAUACAGUCAAGCUGAGGACAACGACUUCAGCUGGGAGCAGGUGAACACCCUGGGCAGACCGACUCUGGACCCGUGGAUGCCAUCAGGCUCCUUCAUGAUGGUGAAUGGUUCGGGGCGGCCCGAGGGGCAGCGAGCGCGCCUGCUGCUCCCCCAGCUGAAGGAGAAUGACACCCACUGCAUUGAUUUCCACUACUUUGUGUCCAGCCAGAGCAACUCUGCUCCUGGGUUCCUCAAUGUGUACGUGAAGGUCAAUAACGGGGCGCUGGGGAGCCCCAUCUGGAAUCUGUCUGGGGCUCCGACCGGGAGAUGGAACCGGGCGGAGCUGGCCAUCAGCACGUUCUGGCCUAACUUCUACCAGGUGAUUUUUGAAGUGAUUACCUCUGGACACCAGGGCUACCUCGCUAUUGAUGAAGUGAAGGUGCUGGGCCAUCCAUGUACCCGGACGCCCCACUUCCUGCGCAUCCAGAACGUGGAGGUGAAUGCCGGCCAGUCCGCCACCUUCCAGUGCAGUGCGAUUGGCAGGACGUCAUCCAAGGAGGACAGACUGUGGCUACAGGGCAUCGAUGUCCCCGAUGCUCCGCUGAAGGAGACAAAGACCACCAGUCCCCGAAGGUUCAUGGCUUCCUUCAGCGUCGUGAAUACCACCAAACGCGACGCCGGGAAGUACCGCUGCAUGAUCCGCACUGAAGGAGGUGUCGGGAUAUCAAACUAUGCAGAACUGGUUGUUAAAGAGCCUCCCGUGCCCAUCGCACCACCGCAGCUGGCCUCAGUGGGUGCCACCUACCUGUGGAUCCAGCUCAACGCCAACUCCAUCAAUGGUGACGGGCCCAUCGUGGCCCGAGAGGUGGAGUACUGCACAGCCAGUGGCAGCUGGAGCGACCGGCAGCCCGUGGACUCCACCAGCUACAAAAUUGGCCACCUGGACCCAGACACGGAGUACGAGAUCAGCGUGCUGCUCACCAGGCCGGGUGAGGGAGGCACGGGGUCUCCUGGGCCAGCUCUCAGGACAAGAACCAAGUGUGCUGAUCCCAUGCGUGGUCCAAGAAAACUGGAAGUUGUCGAGGUCAAGUCCCGGCAAAUCACCAUCCGCUGGGAGCCCUUUGGCUACAAUGUGACCCGUUGCCAUAGCUACAACCUCACAGUACACUACUGCUACCAGGUGGGCCGGCAGGAGCAGGUGCGGGAGGAGGUGAGCUGGGACCAGGACAGCAUGCACCCGCAGCACACCAUCACCAACCUGGCCCCCUACACCAACGUCAGCAUCAAGCUCAUCCUCAUGAACCCCGAGGGCCGGAAGGAGAGCCUAGAGCUCGUAGUACAGACAGACGAGGACGUCCCAGGCGCUGUCCCUACCGAGUCCAUCCAAGGAAGCACCUUUGAAGAGAAGAUAUUUCUUCAGUGGAGAGAGCCCACCCAGACGUACGGUGUCAUCACGCUCUACGAGAUUACCUACAAAGCGGUCAGCUCCUUUGACCCAGAAAUUGAUUUAUCUAAUCAAAGUGGAAGAGUUUCAAAACUGGGAAAUGAAACUCAUUUUCUGUUUUUCGGACUGUACCCGGGCACCACGUACUCCUUCACCAUCCGAGCAAGCACAGCCAAGGGCUUCGGGCCUCCAGCCACCAACCAGUUCACCACCAAAAUCUCAGCUCCAUCCAUGCCAGCCUAUGAGCUCGAGACACCCCUGAACCAGACCGAAAACACUGUGACGGUCCUGCUGAAGCCUGCGCAGAGCAGGGGCGCCCCUAUCAGUGUCUACCAAAUAGUUGUUGAGGAGGAACGCCCUCGAAGAACUAAAAAGACAACAGAGAUAUUGAAGUGCUACCCGAUACCGAUCCACUUCCAGAACGCGUCCCUCCUGAACUCGCAGUACUACUUCGCCGCCGAGUUCCCGGCCGACAGCAUCCAAGCUGCCCAGCCUUUCACCAUCGGUGACAACAGGACCUACAGCGGGUACUGGAACACCCCGCUGCUCCCCCACAAAAGCUACAGGAUUUACUUCCAAGCUGCUAGUCGAGCCAAUGGGGAAACCAAAAUCGACUGUGUUCAAGUAGCCACAAAAGGGGCUGCCACUCCAAAACCUGUCCCAGAGCCUGAGAAACAAACAGACCAUACUGUUAAAAUUGCGGGAGUCAUCGCCGGCAUCUUGCUGUUCGUCAUCCUCUUCCUUGGGAUCGUGCUGGUAAUGAAGAAGAGGAAACUGGCCAAGAAGCGGAAGGAGACGAUGAGCAGCACUCGGCAGGAGAUGACCGUGAUGGUGAACUCCAUGGACAAGAGCUAUGCUGAGCAGGGCACGAACUGCGAUGAGGCUUUCGCGUUCAUGGACACACACAACCUGAAUGGGCGAUCUGUGUCUUCCCCGUCAUCCUUCACAAUGAAGACAAAUACACUAAGCACGUCGGUGCCCAACUCCUACUACCCAGACCCAUUUGUGCCAACCGCAAUUUUAGACGAAACCCACACGAUGGCCAGCGACACCAGCAGCCUGGUGCAGUCGCACACGCACAAGAAGCGCGAGGCAGCUGAUGUGCCCUACCAGACAGGGCAGCUGCACCCUGCCAUCCGGGUGGCCGACCUGCUGCAGCACAUCACGCAGAUGAAGUGCGCCGAGGGCUACGGCUUCAAGGAGGAGUACGAGAGCUUCUUUGAAGGACAGUCCGCGCCGUGGGACUCCGCUAAGAAAGAUGAGAACAGAAUGAAGAACAGAUACGGCAACAUCAUUGCAUAUGACCAUUCCCGGGUGAGGCUGCAGACGAUCGAAGGAGACACCAACUCAGACUACAUCAACGGGAAUUACAUCGAUGGCUACCAUCGACCCAAUCAUUAUAUCGCUACCCAAGGUAAGUUCAUUUCAGCUUUGAUGUCUUUCUUGGGUUGCUUUCUUGCCGGCCUCUCGUCCCUAAACCAGAGAUGCACAAUGUUUCUGAAGAUCCCUUCACACCUGGCAAGAAGACAGCAUGUCAAAUGCUGCAAAUACUGGCCAGACGACACAGAAAUAUACAAAGACAUUAAGGUUACCCUAAUCGAAACAGAACUGCUGGCGGAAUAUGUGAUAAGGACAUUUGCUGUGGAAAAGCGAGGCAUCCAUGAAAUCCGAGAGAUCAGACAGUUUCACUUCACGGGCUGGCCAGAUCACGGGGUCCCCUACCACGCCACUGGCCUGCUGGGAUUCGUGCGGCAGGUCAAGUCCAAGAGCCCACCCAAUGCGGGCCCCCUGGUGGUGCACUGCAGUGCUGGCGCCGGGAGGACAGGCUGCUUCAUUGUCAUCGACAUCAUGCUGGACAUGGCCGAGCGGGAGGGGGUGGUGGACAUCUACAACUGUGUGCGGGAGCUGCGGUCCCGGAGAGUGAACAUGGUGCAGACAGAGGAGCAGUAUGUGUUCAUCCAUGAUGCCAUUCUGGAGGCCUGUCUCUGCGGAGACACCUCCAUCCCUGCCUCCCAAGUCCGGUCUCUGUACUACGACAUGAACAAGCUGGACCCGCAGACAAACUCCAGCCAGAUUAAAGAGGAGUUCCGGACCCUCAACAUGGUGACACCGACCCUGCGCGUGGAGGACUGCAGCAUCGCGCUCCUGCCCCGGAACCACGAGAAGAACCGCUGCAUGGACAUCCUGCCCCCAGACCGCUGCCUGCCCUUCCUCAUCACCAUCGACGGCGAGAGCAGCAACUACAUCAACGCCGCCCUGAUGGACAGCUAUAAACAGCCCUCGGCCUUCAUAGUCACCCAGCACCCUUUGCCAAACACAGUCAAAGACUUCUGGAGAUUGGUUCUGGAUUACCACUGCACGUCCGUGGUGAUGCUGAACGACGUGGACCCUGCCCAGCUGUGUCCGCAGUACUGGCCCGAGAACGGCGUGCACAGGCACGGCCCCAUCCAGGUGGAGUUCGUGUCUGCCGACUUGGAAGAGGACAUCAUCAGCAGGAUAUUCCGGAUUUAUAACGCAGCCAGGCCCCAAGACGGAUACCGCAUGGUGCAGCAGUUCCAGUUCCUGGGCUGGCCGAUGUACAGGGACACGCCCGUGUCCAAGCGCUCCUUCCUGAAGCUCAUCCGCCAGGUGGACAAGUGGCAGGAGGAGUACAACGGCGGGGAGGGCCGCACCGUGGUGCACUGCUUGAACGGGGGAGGUCGCAGUGGCACGUUCUGCGCCAUCAGCAUUGUCUGCGAGAUGCUCCGGCACCAGAGAACCGUGGACGUCUUCCACGCCGUCAAGACGCUGCGGAACAACAAGCCCAACAUGGUGGACCUCCUGGAUCAGUACAAGUUCUGCUAUGAGGUGGCCCUGGAAUACUUGAACUCUGGCUGACAGCAAAAGUGGCUCUGCAGACCAACCCUCUCCCACCGCUGGACCGAGCUGGCCGCGGCGUCCGUGUAAAUGAGAUGCAGACUUCUCAACGUGCUUACUCUGCUUUGCAUAAUCGGCUCUUAUUAAGAGCCACGGAAGUGUUUAUGAACUGCUUGCACUGCCCAAUUCCCAGCCAUGCUGCUGCCUAACAGAAACACAGAGCAUACAGUUGUCAGAUGCUGUCCAGCUCCUCACUGUCACUGGCUUGGUAGAGUGGCACGGACAUCUGUCGACUGAAGAGCACAAUUAUAUUCUUAUGAAGGAAUUUGUACCUUUGGGUAUUUUUUUGUGGCCCGUGAUCCUCCUAUUGUUACAGCUCCGUGUAUGUUUUUGUUCUGUGGAGAAUGCUACCUGGCAUUAUGAUAAUAUAUUAUUUUAGUUAAUAUUUGUAUUUUAACAUGUCACAUAAUAGCUUACCUAGCUUUCCAGGACUAACCGGGAACCGUGUAAUGAACAAAGCUAUGUUGUAGGAGUUGUCGUUUCAAUCAGAUUUGUAUGGUUUUCAAGGGAAAAGCUCGGGAGGACUCAGUUCAAAACUGCGACAUGGUCAGAUUCACAAAUCCAAAGCUUUCCCAUGUGUUUAUAUUGUAAAUAUUUUUGAUUUCAUCAAAUUAUUUAUUCAUUAAAAGAAUUUUUGUGAA